GCAAACUGUACUCGGCUCAUACAUGAUACACGGAUAUGUAAACCUGGCUUGAUCUAUGAUGUCUGCAUGCUGGAAAGACUGUGGGUGUGGUAGCCUAUUCCAGCGCAGCACCUGUACGCAGCCCCCAGUGUCCAAAAUUAUGCUAGUUUUUCUAACAUCCAUGUAAUGGCCGCCUCUCACAGGGGAGACUCCGUGUUUGUAAGAGUUACUGCGGAGAUACGACCAGAGAUGCUUGAACGUCCGCAGAUGUCCCAGGAGGACUCAUUAGCACAGCUUCGUCACACCGGAGCAGAGUGCUCCUACUCCACGGACAAGACCUACAUUGUCACGGGAACCUGGUCUCAGAUUGAGGACACGCGGCAGAUGCUGAUGGCACGGCUUGACCCGGGCAGCGCUAGUGACGCAGAUCUCGCAGGCGGUGAAUGUAGACCCGCACGGACUGGAAGUGACGGCGACGGCGGUGCCACGAGACACGAGCAAGUCAAAGCGGAGACACGGGGAGAUAGCAGUGGCGAUCUGGUUCAGGCAGACCAGAAUCGAUCUACGUCGUCCGAGCCAGGCGAGAGAGGAGACGAGGUGAAAUACAACUACACAUGCACAGCGUCGGGAGCAACGGACACCAGGUGGCAGCCUGUUUCGCCCGCAAAGAACGGCGAAGAUGAUUCGCUGGACGGCGACACCGACGGACAGAGCGAGGAAACAUGCGAGACGGACGACAGCGACGCGGCGGGAAGGCCGCCGACCGUCGACGGUGCGCACGCGGACGGUGGCGACACCAGUGACGGCGAGUGGAAACCCCGGCGGUCACGGCGCAAGGGCAUCCCUCGUAAGCGAGCUCUCGCGGAGCCUCCGCCCCCGGCGCCGACGCGGCGCGGGCGGCCGCGUGUGUCCCCUCCGGAGCCCCCGCCCCGCCCGCGGCACACGAAACGCGGGCGGGGACGGCCACGCGGCGCGCGGGACCGCAAGCCGCGAGUGCGCCAGUCGGAGCAGAUCGAGGACUGGCGCCUCGCGGGGACGACGUACGCGUGCGUGCACUGCCCGUUCACGACGAAGCACGUCGUCAGCAUCCGCAAGCACGUGAAGCGGCGGCACCAGCACCGGCCGCACGCCUGCGACUUCUGCCCGAAGAACUUUGCCUACAAGUCGGACCUGCGCAAGCACGUCGUCACGCACCCGGCGUACGAGGGCCGCGGCGGGCUCAAGUGUCCGCACUGCGACCGCAUCUGCGUCUGCCGCUCGCACCUGCGCCGGCACGCGCUCAUCCACACGGGCGAGAAUCGCACGUUCACUUGUCCGCGCGCGGGCUGCCGCAAGGCGUUCACGUCGAAGCACGCCGUCGACGUGCACGUCGAGAUUCACACCGGGGGGCGCCGGCGUCCGUUCCUCUGCAGCACGUGCGGAAAGGCGUUCACGACGAAGAACGUGCUGCUGGAACACGAGAACAUCCACUCGAACGCGCGGCCGAUGAAGUGCGAGAUCUGUGAUAAGGGCUUCAACAGCGGCAGCUCGCUGCGUAUUCACCGCAUGACGCACAGCACCGAGUGCAGGUACGUGUGCGAGAUCUGCAGCAAGGAGUUCAAGCUGCUCGCGUCGCUGCGCAUGCACCAGGUGGUGCACAGCGGCAAGCGAGCGUUCGUCUGCACGCGCUGCGGCAAGGCGUUCACGCAGAACAGCGCGCUGCAGCGGCACACGCGCAUCCACACGGGCGUGAAGCCAUACGCGUGCAAGCUCUGCGAGAAGACAUUCGGCGACUCGUCCAUCCUCCGGCGACACAUGAGCGUCCACCGGCUCGACGGCGAGGGCAAACGCGCCGCCGCGGCACCCCCUGCCCGCCCGCCGGCCAUCGCCGCGACGCAGUCGGCCGCACCGGUCGCGCCACCGGUCGCGGUGCCGCCGCAUCACGUCGAGUUUGCCACUCCCGCCGGGAAGGUCGAAGCGACGCGUGGCGCCACCUACCAGGCGCCGACGCAGAACGGCGUCGAAUCGCGUACGGCGGAGCCGAUGCAGACGGCGCCAUCGAACCACGUCGACCACCUGUCGCUGUUGCCGCAGGCGGGCGUGUUCCCCCAGGGGGCGCCGGGAGCGACGAGCAGCCUCUAUCAGACGGUGAUGAACAUCGGACAAUCGAGCGGCAUCAUCCAGGCUCCGUUCUCAGAGUACCAGGGAGUGAACACGGCCUUCAUGAACACGACGGCCCCACACUUCUACCCCACGUAG